AUGUAUUUUGUUGGUGGUUUUGUUAUUUUAUCUGAAUCAAUUAAUUGGAAUUAUGUAUUUGCUAAUGCUGAUUUUAUGAAAAAUAAAACAAUUUAUUUAACAGUCAUUUGUGUACCUGUAAUUUAUAUUAUUUUAAUCAUAUAUGCACGUUUCAAAGAUAAAAAAGAUAUUGAAACAUUAGGAGUAACACCAUUACCUGAUAAUCAUCGAUCAGAUCAAUAUUUUUAUCAAAUUAUUGUUUUUACUGGUCAACGACAAAAUGCUGGAACAAAUUCAAAUGUUCAUUUUGUUAUAUAUGGUGAUAAUGAUGAAAUACAUAUUCGUACAUUAGCUGAUUCUCAACGAAAAAUUUUGCAACAUGGUGGAAUUGAUUCAUUUAUAAUGGCAGUUCCACAAUCAUUAAGAUUAUUAAAUAAUAUUCGUAUUUGGCAUGAUAAUACAGGUAAAGGUUCAUCAUCAUCAUGGUUUCUUAAAUAUUUAAUUAUUCGUGAUUUACAAACAAUGGAAAAAUUUUAUUUUAUUUGUUAA